AUGCCAAAGGCAAAAAGAAACGAUUAUGGAAUGAUAAAAUUCUCUCUCAAUAAUAGAAGCGGUCGUGGUGGUAGUCAUUAUAACAACCGACCUCCAACCACCACUAAUAAUAAAGACAACAACCUUAACGUAAUCUUUUCUCUAAACGAAGGGGAGAUCGACGACGAUAAGUUGUUAGAAAAUCCACCAUGUAAAAUACAUUUUUCUAGUAUAGAGGAGCUUAUUUCUCCAUCCACGAAAAGUAGAUCAUAUAAUAAAUCACAAAAAGAUCCAACAGGAAAAAUACAUAUUCCUAGGCCGCAAAAUGCAUUUGUGCUCUUCAGAAAAAAUCACAGCGAGGGCCUUAAAAAUCGAAAGAAAAGCGACCGUACAGCCGGUAAAAUCUCAACAAGUGCUAAAGAGGAGUGGGAUAAUGUCUCUUCGCAAACAUAUCAAUUAUACCAACAAUUUUACGAAAUUUUGUAUCUAGAACAAUUCCAAAAUCCUAACAUGAACCAAGAUUUCGACCAACCACAACAAUACCAACAACUUCCAUAUGCGCAACUUCAAUAUAUGCCGGAUGUGAUGAUCACGUCACCCGAAGAAUGUUUAAUCCCUAAUUCUGCUGUUGAAAGUUCCCCUACUUCAACAAGCUUUUCAGAGUUGGAAUCACCGGAGAUUGAAUAUUAUCAAUAUUCAAAUAUACACGAUUCCCCACUCUUUCCAGAGAUCGAGUUAUCUCGAUCUGUUUUCGAUAAUGAUGAAUCGAAAUAUUAA